AUGUUUCGUGCUCUAGUCAGUUCCACAUCUGCAUUGUUUAUGAAGCCCUUGGCUCCUUUGGGCCAAUCUUCCAGAGGCAUGGCUAACAAAUUAAAAUCUCAUUCUGGCGCAAAGAAGAGAUUCUUUCCUACAGCGAAUGGCAAUUACAAGCGCUGGCAAGUUGGUCUUCGUCAUUUGAACUCUGGCCUUUCACCUGAGAGAACAAACAGACUUUCAAGAACAGUAUUUGUCGACAACACCCAAAAGAGAAUGCUUAGAAAGGCAUUGCCCUAUUCCUGCUCUAAAUAA